AUGGAGUCUGAGGCACUAGAUACGAAGCUAACGCAGCUUGAAAUUACGGUCCAGAGAACAGAGUUUGUGUUGACUUCUGCACGACGAGAACAAAUCAAACGGCACUUAGAAGCAUUGAAAGCGAUUUCACGUGAAACUGAUGAAUGUAAACCGUAGAACUCAAGAAAAUCGCUAAUAAGGAAGAGUUAUCCGAGAUAAACAAAUGGCAUGACGAAAUUGACGAGAAAUUAAAUAAAGCCGAUAUCGAAAUAAGUCGUCUCGAAGGGUGGCUCAACGACAAGGAGAAACAUGAGAAAUUUUCUGCACAAGAAGAACAGCUGAAAUUCGAACUAAAGCUACACGAAACAAAGUUGAAGUUACAAACAGAAUUGACAACAAAUGCAACGCCAGACACGUCCAAUACGACUAUAAUCACAGUGUCUGAGAAAAUCGCCAAGCUUCCAAAGUUGGUGAUCUCAAAAUUUAACGGAUCUUAUAUGGAUUGGCCCAGAUUUUGGGGAAAGUUUUCCGAAGCCGUAGAUAAGAGUACCAUAGCCCCUAUAAGCAAGUUUACGUAUUUGUGUGAAUUACUUGAGACCAGUGUGAAACGUGUAGUCGAAGCCCUUCCGUUCACUCCCGAGGGAUAUAACAGAGCAAAGUCCAUAUUAAAAGACAGGUUUGGGAAAGAAUCGGAAAUCGAGAAAGCAUACGUGAAGGAGAUAUUGGAACUGCCCCACAUAACAAGUCCAAGUCCAAAGAAGAUUGGCGAGUUUUAUGAAAAAUUAUCUUAUUCGGUGCAAGCACUGGAGACCAUGAAAAGAUUGGAUCAAGUUUCUGGAAAUGUCUCGAUGACCCUCGACAAACUUCCGGCAAUUAGAGGAGACUUGGUACGCACAGAUCCCGAAUGGGAAACCUGGGAUUUCCUCAAGCUUACUGAAGCGCUACGCCAAUGAAUAAGAAGAAAUCCAGCUGACAAGAACGCUGAACAAGAGCGCGAGGAAAACAAACGGAAACGGGACCACCACAAUAGAUUGUUCCAGGCAAGAGGCGGCGAUUUCAAGGUUAAGGGCUGUGUUUACUGCGGAGAUGAAAACCAUAAAGCUAUUGAAUGUAACAAAGUAACGGAUAUCACCGAGAGGAAAAGAAUUCUGGCGCAGACAGGAUUAUGUUUUAGCUGUGCUACGAGAAAUCACCGCGCCGCGGAGUGUCCAAGCAAGACUUCAUGUCAAUACUGUAAGAGACGCCAUCACACCUCGUUGUGCGAACAAGCUGAAGAUGGGAACGUGAACAAUGGGAAAUUGAUGACAGAUGGUAAAAGUGGUGAUGCAAUAUUUCCCGUUGUGGUCGUAAAGGUUGAUGGAAUCACCUGUCGCGCGCUUGUCGACUCCGGGGCUGACAGUUCAUACACGUCGGCGAAGCUCAUCGAUCUCCUGAAAAAGAAACCAAGUGCGACGAAGAUCCAGCUUAUCGACAUGCUGAUGAGCUCGCGAGUUACGAGAAUUGAGUCAUAUGACGUGGUGAUCGGGUCCGUGGAUGACAGUUACGAAAUGGAAGUACGUGUGACAAAAGUCAACAAGGGUGAACUGUUGAGGAUUGAUAACCCAAGAUAUGAACAGUUAAUACGAAAGCAUCAGCACCUGAAUCAAGUCGAGAUCGCAGACCAUGAUUCGAAACAGCAACUCCCGAUUCACAUGAUAUUGGGAAGUGGAGAAUACGCUCGAAUUAAAACCGGAACUGUACCACUUGUCGGUGAGGACGGUGACCCAGUAGCUGAAUUGACCAAACUUGGGUGGUUGGUGAUGAGCCCGGGGGCUGAUUUUGACAAAACCACUGUUCUGAUGACACAAACCUCUCAGAGUGACUACGAGAACCUCUGUCGUCUGAACGUGCUAGGGAUUGCAGACAGCGGAGAAAUUGAUCAAGAGAUGGUCUAUCAAGAUUUCAAAAAGGAACAAGCAGAAGCCGCACAGAAACAACAGCUAAAGACGGACGAUAAGAAACCCACAAAAGAGUCUACACCUGAUAAAUCUCAAGAUAACUCGCAACCCGAGAACCUUCCAAAGCAACCAAAUUCUGACAAGGAACCUCAACCCGCAUCAAAUGCUCCACCUGCGCAAGAUACUCAACCCAACUACCAGGCGAACAAUCAGGCACCUGGGCUGACCUCUACUGCUCAGCAAGCAAAUAACGGUGAAAAUAAACCCACAAAGGAUUCAAGCCCUGAAAAAUCUGAGCAAAAAUCAAAUCAAAAUCCUCAACAACUAAACCCCACGUACCAACGGUCAACAACAAAACUUCGCUGCUGAGAACUUAGAUACAAAAGAGAAGCAAAAACCCAUCGAAGAAAGUGCCCCGCUAAAACCAAACUUGAAGGACGGAAAACAACAAGUGGAAGACCAACCCAAACCCGCAGCUAAUUCUAAGCCCGCUUCUGUCGUGAAGUCUAAGGAAAAAAGCUCGGUUGGCGUGCCCGCGUAUAGCUACAAAGGUUUGGUUAAGCAAGAGUUGGAAGCAAUAAAAGAUUCACCGUCUACUAAACAGUUUAAAGCUGAUGUCUUGAAGGAGGUGCAAGUCAAACUUAAAUCUGGCACCUUCCCUCAGAUCGACACAUCAAAGGUAUUCGUCAAGCACAAAGUAGCAAAGCCGAAUAGAAAACACAGAGUGACCAAACUGAAACACAAGAAACCCGAAGUCAAACAUGCAAUCGCGCACAAGAAAGGGCAAGGGAAACAUGCAACCGUGUACAAGAAAGACGAAGCCAAACAUGCAACCGUGCACAAGAAAGACGAAGCCAAACAUGGAAUCGUGCACAAGAAAGGCGAAGCCAAACAUGGAAUCGCGCACAAGCAUCGCAAAUUACAUG